AUGAUCCCACUGACUCUCCCCGGUAGAGCCUGCAGUCCAGCCUGCAGUAGCCUACAAACCGUUACAAGAGAUAGAUUAGUCUCCUCGACGGCAUCAUGUCUCCGAUCACCCCGGCUCUCCUCCUCUCUCUCUAGAAACCGAAAUCCUCAUCUCCUUGCCUCAAUUCGCCUACCCUCUCGAAGAACCUUUCAUUCAACCUCCUCCCUGGGAUCCGAUUCCCCGUCGCGUAUCUCCUACCGCGUCGCCGUUUCCUCAUCCGGCAAGGGCCGACGAUUCCACCCGAUCAAGAAUGCCUACAAUUUCGACCCCUACGUUCAAGAUGCCCUGGGUUUGGUAACGGAGGAUAAAAACCCAGCCGUGAGACGGAAGAACCGGCCAGACAGCGGUGAGGAUGCCUUCUUCGUGAGCAGAGUCGGACGGAAAGACCCAGGCCCCGUCGCCUUCGCCGUGGCAGACGGCGUGGGUGGAUGGACGGAAUCCAAAGUCGACCCUGCGGACUUCUCCCACGGCCUGUGCAGUUAUAUGGCCAAAUCCGCCUUGUCCUGGGACUCGGCCCCGGAGAAGCUGCGCGCAAAGAACCUCCUCCAAAUGGGCUACGAUCAGGUAGUCGCGGACGACUCGGUUCGCGCGGGAGGAAGUACGGCCUCCGUCGGCGUGGGUACGAACGACGGCCGAGUUGAGCUGGCCAACUUGGGCGAUUCGGGCUCCGUUCUCCUCCGUCUCGCUGCCGUGCAUCAUUACUCGACGCCGCAAACCCAUGGCUUCAACACCCCCUACCAACUCAGCAUUAUCCCCCCGCGCAUGCGCAAACAGGCAUCCAUCUUCGGCGGUGCCUUCCUAGAGGACUUCCCUCGUGAUGCGGCCGUCACCAACGUCCGCAUGCAACAUGGCGAUGUCCUCAUGCUCGCAACAGAUGGCGUCUUUGAUAAUCUCAACAACCAGGACAUUCUGAAGAUCAUCACCAAUCGAAUGAUCCUCACCGGAGCAUGGAACGCAACCCCAGAAAGGAUCACGGUGUCGGAUAAUCUCGAGCAAUUGACUGGCCCAGAAGGUCUAGCUUCGAUUUUACCCUCUCCCCCACCCCCUCCACCUCAAUCAUCAGAGAACACCCCGAAACCAACCAACACCAGCUCAGGAGACCAAACAUACGCCCUGCAAUCGUUACUAGCAGCCAGCGUCGCCCGCGAAGCCAAACUCGCAAGUAUGGAUCUCCGCCGGGACGGUCCCUUCGCCAAAGAGGCCCAACGCUAUUACCCCGGUGAUUGGUAUCGGGGCGGAAAAGUAGAUGAUAUCUGCGUGUUGAUCGUCGUGGCCGUGGAGGAGGGCCAUGGGCUUUGA